CGUAAGCACCCACAAAUAGAACACAUCAAACAUGGAGGCCGAACGCGGCGAGUCUGCGACACCAGCGACUGCUGCUGCUGCUGCAGCUGCUGCGCCCGAGGCCCCGCAGCAGCUCGCCAAGGGCCCCGCAGCCCUUACGGAGCGGACGGAGCCGACUGCGCGGCCGCCCGCGGGCGCCGCGGAGGCCGGGGGAGACCGACACCCUCCGAUACCAGGGGCUUCGGACCCAGGGGUCAGUCCUGGCGAGGGGGGCCCGGACCGACCAGCCCGCACCAGCCACAGUGCUGCUGACGCGCCGCCGCCAGCGCCGCCGCCUCAGCCGCCAGCGCCUCCUGCUGUGCUGCCCACGUUCAUCAAGGGCGACGCCGCGGCGCCCGAGUUCAGCCUGGCUGACUUGCUGCUGCUGGGGGCGGAGGGGCGAAACGGCGGGGGCGGAGAGGGAGGCAGUGGAAGGCGUGAGAAUGAGACAGCGGCACAGGGAGGUGGCAGCGAGGAAGCUGCAGCACGCAUGGAAGCGCCGCCGCCAGAAGCCCCGGAGCCCCGCGCUCCACCCCCGGCAGCUGCCCCUGCAACCGCGCCGCACCUCGGCGCGCCGCCGCCGCCACAGCCGCCGCCGCCGCCGCCACAGCCGCCGCCGCCGCCGCCACACCGGCCGGCGGCCACGACAGCGGUGGAGCAGGAGCUGGGCUCUGCGGCGGCGGUGGGUGUGAUGCUGGGCAUGCACGACACGGUGGCGGCGGCGGCGGCCACUGCGGGGGCGCUGGUGCACGCGGGAGAGCGGGUGCAGGUGGCGGCCAAUGUGGCGGAGGCGGCGCUGGACCCGCCGGGCACGGUCGACUUCGACUCUGCGCGGCGGGGCGGGCGGCUGCAGCACCUGCCCACAGGCAUGCGCCUGCCGCUCAUAGACGCCGCCACCGCCGCCACCCGCGGUGCUACUGCCACACCCGCCACCGGCACAGCGGCUGCUACAGCCGCCGAGGGGCAGCCGGCAAGUGGGGGCGGCGCCGCCGGCGAGGAGGGCGAGGCAGCCAGCGGCGGGGACUCUGAGGCGGAAGCGGAAGCUGAGGCAGAGGGGGAGGCUCAGGUUGAGGAUGUGGAGUUUGGCAGCACCAUCAGCGGCGGCAGUGGCGGCGGUGCCGGAGCGGCGGCGGCCUACGGCCCGGCCGCCGCCGCCUCAGACCUGUCGCCGCACGCCGGCGCGGCGGCGGCGGCUGCCGCUGCCCUGUCUGAAGCCGCUGCCGGCGAGCUGGAGGCGUCGCCUGCUGCCGGCGGCGGCGGCACUGCAGCUACGGGGGCAGCGGCGGAUGUGGGGGCCCGAGGCGAUCUGCCGCCCUCGGGUGGCUCAGCGGUCAGCGGUCUAGGGCUGCGCAGCGGUGCUGGCGGCGGCGGCGGCGGCGGCGGCGGUGGCGGCUGGGGAGUGGUGAUGGCGGACCUGCAGCGCCGCGGCCGCAUGGCGGUGGGACCAGUGUCGGAGUCUGCGGUGUCGGUGGCGCCCUCCUCCCUGGACACCGACCGAGCCUCCGACUUCAGCGGCUCCACAGCCUACACGCCCGGGGCAGUAGCAGCAGUGGCCGCAGCAGCCGGCUACAGCCCGUUCGGCAGUAGCUCAGCUACUGCCGCAGCCCCAAGGGGCCCUGCUACUGCCGCUGCCGGCGGCGCCACGGGCGGCGCCGGUGCGCAGCAGCUGCAGCUACAGCCGCUACUGCAACUGCGUCCGAACGGGUCGUUCACCGGCUUGGGGCUGGUGGGCGGCAGUAGCAGCACCAGCAGCUGUAGCAGCCCGCGCGGGCCGCCGCCGCUGGUCCUGUUCCCGGGUGCUUUGGCUGGCAUGGCGGCUGCUACAGCCGCUGAGGCCGCGGGGGGCGCGGCGCCGCCCCCGCCAGCCGCCAUUCCCGAGGAGACGGAGGAGACGGACACGGAGGAGGUGGUGGCGGAGCAGGAGGUGGGGUCGGGUGAGGAGGGCGCGUCAGCGAGCGGGGAAGCCUACGGCUCGCCACUGGCAGCGUCACCGCCAGCAGUCCAACACGGCUUUGGGCAGUCAACGGUGGCGGCGGCGGCGGCCCCGUCACCUCACUGGCAGCACCGGCCGUCAUCGCCGCACCAGGUCCACCACCCGCCGCCGCAGCUGCUGGCGGCGCGAGGUGGUCAGGUGGUGCCGGCAGCGCUGGCGGCGGCACAGAAGCAGGCUGAGAUACGCGCCGAGGCGGCGCACGCGGCGGCGGUGGCGGCGGCGCUGGUGCACUGCGGCCAGGGGGUGGCGCGGGCGGCCGAGCUGGCAGAGAUGGCAGUGCACCCGGAGGCCACUGUGGACAGGGACUCGGCUCUGGUGCGUGCGCCGCCGCCCCAGCAGCCCGGGGCCGGCGCCGCAGCCGACGCAGCGGCAGCAGCCGCCACCUCCACCGGACCUUCGCAGCGGCCACCGCGGACCUCUUUCAGAGGCGUUGGAGAUGCUGGCAUGGUCGGCGGCGGCGGCGGCUGCAGCGGCGGCGGCGGCGGUGGUGGCUCUGUCUCACCCAGGGGCGGGGCGGGCGUGGGCGAGGGAGAGACGAGUGCGGCAGAGCUGGCGGAGGAGACCGUGGAGGUGGCGGUGGAGGCGGCCGCCUGUAGUGGCGGUGGCGGUGGUGUGGAGGAGGCGGCGGCGGCGCUGCGUGAACGGCGUGACCGUGUGGCGGCGGCCGCCGCGGCAGCAGCCGGACUGCUGGCAACGCCGACGCACCAACACGCACCGGCCUCACCUUCCGCCGCCACCCCAACCUCGGCCUCCGUCACCCCCAACCCCACCGCCGCCACCCCGGCUCCAGCCUCCGCCGCUGAAGGCCACAGCGUGCGUCGUGCGGCGUUGCUGGCGGAGGUGGCUCUGGCGGCGGCGGCGGCGGUGGACAGCGGCUCGGCGCACUCGGGUGCGGACCUGCUGCAGCGGCAGCUGGUGAGGGAGCCGGGCCUGGCAGGGCUCCUGGACGUCAGUGGCAGGGGUGGUGGAGGAGGAGGUGGAGGCAGGGCUGGAGGAGGAUGUAGCGGCCAGCCUACCGGGCAGCAGCUGCCGCUUGCAACAGCAACAAUGGCGGCGGUGGACCGGCAGGAGGAGCAGCGGGCAGCGGGGGCGCCGCCGCCGCGCGCUGCCGAGGUGGCAAUGGCGGCGACGCUGCAGGCAGUGGCCACGGCCACGGGGGCGGCGGGCGUCGGCCGAGCGGCGGCGCCGCGGCUGUCCGCGGCAGUAGCAGAGCCUGUCGGAGGCGCGCAUGCUGCUACUGCCAGUGUGGAUGUGGACAGGGUCAGCCUGGCAGCGCUGCCGCCGCCGGUCGCACGCAGCAUGGCGGCGGCGGCGGCGCAGGAGCACGAGGCGGCAGAGCGGCUGGCGGCGCAGCUGGCGGCGGCGACUGGAAGGGAGAUGCCGUCGGCGGCGGCGGCGGCGGCCGCUGGCGCGUCGGCGGCGGACGUGGCGGCGGUGGCUGAGUGCCUGCCGCUGGCGGCGCCGCCGGGCGGCGUCAGUGCGGGUGCGGCGGCGCUGCACGGUGACGUGGCCGCCAGUGCGGCGGCGGCGGGCGGGCUGCACUAUGCGGGCCUGCCGGUGCCGGCGGCGGCGGAGGCGGCGGAGGCGGCCCGCCACGCCGCUGACCGGGUAAAUGCCGCCGCCGCCGCCGCCGGCACUGCUGCUGCUGCGUCAUACGCGGCCAGCCAUAACAGCCCCAGUAGCGACGCGCCACACAGCGUGUUUGCGCACAGCACUGUCGCGCGCUACGCCCGCAGUAGCAGUGAAGGCAGCAGUGGAGGCGGCGGCGGUGGCGGCGGCGGCGGCAUUGGCCCUGUGUCGCUGCCGUGCAGCCCCCUUCGGGAAGGCAUGAUGUCGCCCGCCGCCGCCAGCCCGCCGGGCAUGGGUGGCGGCGGCGGCCGGCCCCGACGCAGCAGCUGCCUGCGACGGGCGGUGUCUCUGGCGAGUCAGGGCUCCGUAAGCAGCGCCCGCAGCGUCAGGUGGGCUGACCAGCAGCCGCCGCCACUGCUACUGCCGACAGAGGAUGCGGCGGCAGUAGCAACGGGGGUCGUCGGCGACCCCGCCGCUACUGCCGGUGUUACUACUGCCGGCGAUGCUGCUGGCGACGCUCGAUUAGCUGGGGUGCCGGCGGCAGCGAUGUCGGCGCGGGCUGUAGCUGGCGAUGACGGCGGCAGUAGCGGCAGUAGCGGCGGCAGUAGCGGCGGCAGUAGCGGCCGCCGCCUGGACCUGCCCUCCUUCCCCUCCCUGUCCGACAUGGUCGCCAUGUCCCCCACCACCGGCCCCUCUUACUUUGACACCAGCGGCUACAACAGCGCGGCCCUCCGCCGCGGCCCCGCUGCUGCCCCUGCUACUGCCGCCGCAGCUGGUGCUGCUGCUACUGGUGUUGCUGUUGCUGGUGCUGUUGCUGCUGGUUCAGCCCCUGGUGCCGGCGAUGCGGCGGCUACAGCCAUCAGCCCUGAGCGCGUGCGCUCCUUCCCCCUGGAUGAACUGGAUGACUUCAUUGAGGAUGGGGCUGCGGCGCCGCCGCCGGCGCCGGCAGAGGAGGGGCAGCCGCCGCCGCCGCCGCCGCCGCUUGGGCCCCUUCAACACCAGCAGCACCAGCAGCCCCGAGACAGCGCAGCGGGCGAGGCCGGCAGCACGGCGGCCGCGGUGGCCGCGGCGGUGGCUGCACGCCUGCUGCCAGACAGCGGCGGCGGCGGCGGCGCAGCAGGUACACGGGCCCUUACCACAGAUCCGGUUGCUGCUGCGGCGGAGGGGGAGGUGGGGCAUGAGCGGGAGGACGGAGAGGAGGAAGGGGGCGGCGCUGAGUCGGAGGAUUACCACACACCCGACGAGGACGAGCGGACGGCGGCGGUCGAGGCGGCAGUAGCUGGUGACGACUCCGGCCUGCCGCCGCUACUGCUGCGCCCACGUGCUGGCGCCCCUGCCACUGCCGCUACUGCCGCCGCUACUGCCGGCGAGGGCCGGGAUGACGUCGCAGACGUCACCGACUCACAGUGCAUCAUUGGCCCCGGGGCCUCCGGCAGCGGCGGCGGCGGCGGCGGAACUACCAGUGCUACUGCCGGCGCCACUGCUGCUACUGCACCAGCGGCACCACAGCCUGGUGAGCUGUCGUCUGCCACCCCACCGGUGGCGGCGGCGGCGGCAGUGGAUCUGCACCAGGCCGUGUACGGCUUCAGUCACGGCCGUGUCAGUCUCAUCUCAGCCGCCGACGCCGGCCACACGGCGGCCACUCGGCCCCGUGGCGGCGACGGCGGCAGUAGCUGCGACAGCAGCAUCAGCGGCGGCAGUAGCUUGUCGCUGCUGCGGCGGGCUGCAGCGCGGGAGGCGGCGGCUGAGGCGGGCGGGUACGACAGCGAGGAUGACACUGCGGGGGAGGGGCCGUGUGUGUAUCACAGCCUGGAGCUACCGCCGCUGGGGGGGGAGGGGGAGGAAGAGGGCGAGGGGAGUGAGGCGGCGGACAUUGGCAGUAGCAGCACCGCCGUUACGCUGGCUGGCGGCGUCCCGGCUGCAGCAGCAGACGCAGCCACGGCGGCGGACCGGCAGCUGGAGCAGCGCGGCGCGGCUGUAGCAGCAACCGCGGGUAAGACGGAUGGCGGCGGCUCAGGUGCUGCUACAGCCACGUCGGCAGCGGAUGCGAGCUGCAGCGGCACUGCGGGCGGGGGGCUGGGCAGGAGCCGGCGCAGCAGUGCGUCAGAGGUGUUCGACGACGUGCCAUUGGGAGAAGCGCCGGCCGCGGAGGGCGAGGCAGAUGCCGGAGGGGGGGCCCGCCGCCAAAGGGCCCAGGCAGCAGGGCCGCCGCCGCCGGGCGCAAUACCGCCGCCGGCGUCGGCCUUCGGGACGGCUGCUGCAUCGACUGGGGCGGACACAUCACACACGGAUGUAGGUGGUGGUGGCGGGGGUGCUGCUGGGGGAUGCGGCGGCGGCGGGCAGCAGCAGCAGCAGCAGCCCGCGAUGGCGGCGACGGCGGCGGCGGCGGCGGCAGAUGACUUCGCCUUCGACAUCCCCGGCGGCGCGGAGGCUGUAGCAGGCGCCGUGGAGGCUGCUACAGCCGCCAUGUUCGGCGAGGCCGCAAAGGCCGUCGGCAUGGGCGCGCCCGCCACGGCAGCGGGUCGGCACGGCGCUGCUACAGCCUCGCAGCUGAGCCCCGUCACGUCGCUACUGCCGCCAUUAGAGGACGCGCCGGCUGCUACAGCUGGCGGCCAAGGCCCGCAGCAGCCGCGGCCGCAGGUGCUACAGCCGUUGCUGUCGCAGGCGGCGUCGCAGCCGCCGGGUUACGCGGUGCGGCGGCUGAGUAGUGGCCUCUCUAGUCGCUCCGGCGGCAGUAGCACCGGCGCCGGCGGCGGCGGCGGGCGAAGCAAGCGCGUGCGCAUCGCAGUGCCCGAGCUAGGCAUUGUGGUGGACCCGGGAGUCAGUAGCGGCAGUAGCAGCAGCAGCCCGGAGCAGCAGGGCAGCAGUAGCAGCGGCGAUGAAAGCGACGACGAGGCGGGUGGCAGCGGCGGCGACCAGGCGCGGCAGCGCAGCGCAGCGACAGCGGGGCAUGCUGGCCCCGCCGCCGCCGCCGCCGCCGCCUCCCUGGCACACUCGCUGGCGGCGGCUGGCGGCAGCGGAGGCGCUGCCGCCGGCGGCGGUGACUCACCAGCCUCGCGCCGCCGCCGCAUCUCUUUCGAGGCCGCCGCCGCCGGCGGGCUCGCUGACAGCCCCUAUGAUGCCGACGUGGAUGUGGCCGUGAUCACGGCAGCGGAUGACGAGGCGGAUGAUGAGGAGCAGAUCAAUGAGGACUUCUUCAGGGGCUUUGGCCGGGCCGGUCGCGCCGGCGGCGGCAGCCCCGACGCCGACACCGACGCCGCCGCUGCUGCUACUGCCGCGCUGGGUGUCAUGUACCAGCCCGGCGCCUCUCCCUGGGCCAGCCGCGGCGGUGCUACUGCCGGCAACAGCAGCUUUAGCGCCCGCGACGUGGGCGGCGGCGCGGGCGCACUGACAGCUGCCGAUCUGAACCAGCUGCUGUUUGCUGGUGAGGCUGUAACCGGCGGCGGCGGCGGUGGCGGCGGCGGCGGCGGCCCGCAGCAGCCGUGGUCCCGGAACCAGCUUCUUGUGGGCGCGAUGGACAGCACCUGCAGCAAUGUCAGCACCUAUGGUGGCAGUAGCAUGGAGUUGAGCAACCUGCUACUGCGUGACGAGCCGCAAGCGGCUACAGCCGCCGCAGCCGCUGCGGCGGCUACGGCGGCCGCCGCCGGCGCCACCGGCUACAUCAGCGGCGGAACGGGCGGUGGCGGCGGCGCCGUCGCCGACCUCAGCAGCAUAAGCGGCGGUUACGGCAGCGGUUACGCCGCUGACAUCAGCAGCAGCAACAGCACACCCGUGCCGUCGACGCUGAUGGCGAGCCCGCCGGGCGCCAUGGCGGCGGCGGCGCUGCCGCUGGCGGCGCUGCCGCCUGGCGCCGCGAUGGCGGCGGCGUCGCCGGACAUGGUCGUGUGCCGAGUGCCGCCACGCCCAGAACCACACACACACACAGAGGUGGUGGCAGAGGCGGCGGAGGAGGUGGAGGAGGAGGCUCCAGUGGUGGCCGUGUUGUUCACGACAGAGCGAGCGGCCGGUCCUGCUGGCGGCGGGCACGUGACAACCGGUGGCGACGGCGCUAGCACUGCUGGCCCCCACCAUCACCAUGCGCACCAUCACGACCCCACCACUGGCGGCGGCGGCGACGGCGGCGAUGGCGGCAGCAGUGGCGUGCUGCGCCGUUUUAGCAGCAGCAGCGCCCCGGCGGGUGCGGCCAGCAGUGCGGGCGGCGGCGGCAGCAGCUGCGGCCGCACGCGGCGGCAAAGCGGCCUGAUGGAGAUUGACGCGCAGCUGCAUGGCGGCCUGAGUGAGCGGGUGGCCGACCCCACGCCGCCCGUCAUGCCGCCCUCCGUGCCCGCCCAGCUGCUGGCGGCUCGCGACCGGGCGGCCGCGGAGGUGGCCACCGCAGCCAGCCUGGUGGCCCUGGGGGAGCCGGUGGCAGAGGCGGUGGAGCAGGUGGAGGCCAUGGCCGCGCAGCUGGAGGCGACGGAGGCGGUGGAGGUGGAGGACGUGCUGCCGGCGGUGCUGGCGCCCGGGCUGCGGGAGGCGCCCGCGGCCCUGGCGGCGCCGGUGGGGCUGCCGCGGGAGCCGCCCAGCGUGGCUGAGGACGCGGAGGAGGAGGAGGAGGAGCAGCAAGAGCAGCAGGAACAGGAGCAAGAGGAUGAGACCUCAGUUGUGCGUGGCAGCGGCGCGGCAGUGGGUGGGGAGGAGUCCCUGCUGCUGGGCCUCGCGGCGGGUGGUGGCGUGGCACUCGGUGGUUGCAUCGCGGGCGCGCCCUGGGCGCCGCCGCCGGCUCCGGCGCUGGAGCCCCAACACGCCCGCCACCUCCACCACGUCGGCAGUAGCGCCACCACCGCCUCCAUCGCCACCACCACCGCCACUGGCCCCACCUCCGGCGUCACCGCCAUCAGUGGCAGCAUGGGCGCCUCGGGCCGCAUGUCGCCAAUGCUCCUGGCCGGCUACGGCGGCAUCAGCGGAGGUGCGGCUGCCGGCGCUGGUGGCGCCGCCGCCGCCGCCUGCCACCACGGCGGCGCGGGCAGCACCGCCGCCACCAGCGCCGACGUCGUCUACCACCGACAGCUAAACAGCGGCAGCGGCGGAGAUGACGGCAUCGGCGGCGUGAGGCGGCUAGGCAGCAGCCCGCGAGCUGGCAGCGGCAGCGGCAGCGGCGCGCUGCUCACCAGCAGCGUGCUACUGCCAGCCGCCAGCCGCUCCGCGGCUGCCACAGCUGCAGCUGGUGCUGCGGCUGAUGCUGCGGCUGCUACAGCCACGAUGACCUCGGGCUCUUCUCGCUCCGGCUCCUCGCCUCGCUCCACACCCACGCCCGGGCCGACGCGGCCGUCGGCGCUGGAGGUGGUGGUGGAGAGUGCGGUGCUGGCGGCGGAGGCGGAGGCGGGCGCGGCGGCUGUAGCAGCCAUCAGCGCGGCCGUGCUACAGCGCGCGGUGGAGCAGGAGGAGGAGGAGGCGGAGAUGGCGGCGGAGCUGACGGCAGUAGCACUCGGGCGCGAGGCGCUGCAGGGUGACGAGGCUCAGCCGCAGACCGGCACGCCGCAGCCCUCCAGCGAUGUGCGUGACCUGCAUGCGCUGGCGGCGCCGAAGCCGGCAGCGCCGGUGUCGGAGGCGGCGGCGGCCGCCGCCGCCGCCGCGAUCGGCGCGCCGCUGGCUAGCCAGGCGGUGCUGGCGGAGGCGGCGGCGGAGGCGACGGAGCAUAUGGCGAGGUACGGGGAGGUGUGGAGCAGCCUGGGGCGGCAGGCGGCGGGUGCGGCGGCGCUGGUGGCGCUGGGUGAGCCGCUGCACCACGCCGCAGAGGUGGCGGUGGCGGUGGAGGAGGCGGAGGAGGAGGCCGCAGCCCAGAGCAGCGGGGCCGCUGCUGCGUCCUUUGACGACAAUGAUGACGCCGCCACGCCUCCAGCUGCCGCCUUUGCGCCGCCCCUGGCGCCGCUGCUGCAGCAGCUGCAGCAACAACAGCCGGAAUCCGGCGCGGCUACUGCCAGCGCUGCGCCCGACCCUGCCGCCGCUAUGUCUACAGCCGCCCUGGCUCUAGGCGAGAGCACACGGCAGGAGGUGGCGGCGGAGGCCGAGGCGGAGGCGGAUGAUGAGUUGGAGGCGGAGUUGCGUGGUGAGCUUGAGCAGGCGCUGGCAGAGGAGGUGGAGCAGGAGGCGGCGGAGGCGGAGGCGGAGGAGGACCGAGUGGCGGCGCAGGAGGCGGCCGCGGAGGAGGAGGAGACGCGGCCGGCGGGCAGCGGCGGUCGGGUGCAUGGAGAGGAGGUGGCGGCGGCGGUGCUGAGCGCCGCACCGUCCGAGUCGUCAGCGGCCUAGCUAGUAGGCCAGUCCCAAGCAGUGUGAUGCAACUGAUUGGGUUGCGGGUAGGUGGUGGGUGGUGGGUAGGUUGUGCAGGGGGGGAUGGCUGGCUAGCGUUGGAAAGAGGUGUGCGGACGCGGGAGAAGGACCAAGCCCCCACGGCCCAGCACGGCUGGGCAUAAAGAUUGACGGCAGGACGACGGUUGUGUGUUCGUUGUGAUGAUUUCCCCAUGGUACGAUAUCAGGGGCAGCACUCUGGCGCUGCACUGUGGGACGGGGAGCGCUGAUGUGCGUGGACCUUUUGGAGCAACUGUUAGGGAUCAAGCAAGUGUGUGAGCACGUAGCGGAUGGAGGUGUGCCACCGAGUAGAGGCUGAGCUCUCGAGGACGACGACGAGCUUAGUUGCCGGGAGUCUGGAAUGCCGGAAUCUCUCAAGGCGAAAUCUGUCGCGGCAGUUGAUGCAUGCAGUCGCUUGAGUUACUAAACCUUUUGCCGUCGCGGCCCUGGUACUGUGCCCCGUGGACUUGGGCCUUUGAAGACCAGGAACUUCGUUGAGAGUUUACGCAAUAGCAGCUGCGCAACUUGCAUGCCAUCUGUUCAGUGCCUGUAACAGUGCGGUGUUCAAUGCCAGUGAGUGUGUAACAAGAACCUUCG